ACGCAGGCGCACGGCGUUUGCGCACGCGCACAACCCCUCGGCCGCGUAGCUCCGAUCUUGCAAAAACCCCUUUCGAGAGGUUGAGCAGCUUGUACAAUGUCGGAAAUGAACGAGCUGUCCGAGCUGUAUGAAGAGAUCAAUGACCUGCAGAUGGAUGUGAUGCUUGGCGAGGGUGACCUUCCGCAGAUGGAGGUAGGCAGCGGGAGCCGGGAGCCAUCCCCGAACGCCUCCGGCAACGGGGCCCAGCCACAGCUCGAGGAGGAAGGCCCAAUGGAGGAGGAGGCGGCCCAGCCAAUGGCGGAGCCGCAGGGGGAACGAGGCCUUGCUAACCGGCCCAGCCCUGGGGAGCAGCCAGGCCUGAUCGCGGGCCCUGAGUUCGAGAGCGAGGACGAGGGCGAGGAAUUUGAUGACUGGGAGGACGACUACGAUUAUCCGGAAGAGGAGCAGCUGAGUGGUGCGGGCUACAGAGUAUCAGCGGCCCUUGAAGAAGCCAACAAGAUGUUUCUGAGAACAUCCAGAGCAAGGGAAGCAGCCCUGGAUGGCGGGUUUCAAAUGCAUUAUGAGAAGACCCCGUUUGAUCAGUUGGCUUUUAUCGAAGAGCUUUUUUCACUUAUGGUUGUCAAUCGUCUGACCGAAGAACUCGGCUGUGAUGAGAUUAUUGAUAGUAAUUAAAUGCUGUUAAAAGAGGAGGAAAAGUUGAGGAGAGACCCAACAUUCCGCUGCCUUUUGGGUUCAUUCCAGAUAGUACCGUGCCAAUGAAAAAUUUAAUCUUCAAAAAAAGAUUUUUGUCGUUGUUUUGCAGAAUAGAAUAGGGCAGUGACUGCACAGUUAUGAAAAAGAAAAAAAUGUUAAAGAAGAAAAGGCAUUUUAGGACUGUGGAAAUCUGUUUUCAAGAACCUUCCUGAAACACCUGUGGCUUUGACUUUGUUAUUGAUCCAGAUUAUUCUCCUUGCAUUGGGGAAAAUAUCUUUCAUACUUCACUGUAAGGGAUGGUUUUGCGAGAGUAAGUUAAUGUCAAGACAAACUGCCAAUACAAGAGCCCAAUGAUAUUAAUUACAUGAGAAAAAGUAACUAAUACAUCCAGUUUAGGACACGAGAUGUCUGAGUUAUUUGGACUGAAAGCGCACUGAGAGAACUCUGAAGAUUCCACUUUAUGGUCUAUCCAAGCCAAUUAUCAAAGGCUGCAUUUUUUUAGUGUAAAAUAAAUUGGGUGUUCUUCAGUAUCCGAAAAGGAUAAGCAAACCCAAAAAGAAAUAUGUAUCAGGUGUGCUAUAUCUCAAAAUGUGUUUUCAAGAGCAUCUGAAAUUUUUAUUGUCCAUGUAUCUUGAUGAUUUAUAAAGCUACUAUGAUCCAUAAUUCCAGAAAAUUUAUUGUCUUAACCAUUUUUAAAACUCAAAAAUAUCCAUAGUAAAAUUUCAAAUUUAGAUAUUAAAAAAUAUGUGAAAGAACAAAGAAAACAAAACUAUUUCUAACACUCUUAUACUAGAGAAAUUGUUUUACUCGCUCUCUGUUUUUCAUUUAACUUUACAGGUGAAAGACUUUGGUUGAACUUCAUAACAUAAGAACUGUCAAAGGGAAAAUGUCAAGUAAAAGGAAAGCCCUGCAUCUAAAAAAAGACUGAACAAUUAUGCCCUCAAUCUUUAAAGGUUUUAAACCUGCCCAGAAAUCCUCAUCAGUAUCUGAAGUUUCCCUCUGUCUCCUCCUCUAAUGAAGCUUGUUAUUGGUUAUGCACCAGCAUUCGAGAUAAUAAAAUUUCUUGUUCUGUGUA